AACGUGGUUACCCCGGUCCUGCUUGGCCGCUGAUUGUCAGUUGGUCCACCGGAGACGACGCGACCUUGGGGACGCUGUCAUGGAUUUGACUCGGUUCGCCGUGGAUGCUGGUCAGUUCAUCAACCGCGCUGUUCAGUACACUGGAGAGAGUCUAGGACAGGCCGAGAGGACAGAGUUGGACCCCGGACUGGAGGAGCUUUUAUCACGGGCAGACGCCACCAAGACGUGGACGGACCAGAUAAUCUCCCAGACUGAGGCUUUACUGCAGCCAAGCCUCGGAGUGCGGUUAGAGGACCGGCUGUAUCAGCAUCUGGAGUGGAGCGUCCCACCCCGGCCUCGUGCCGUUGAGUUACUGGGAGAUCACAUGACUCAGGCUGGGUUGGAAAUUGGAUCAAACACACCUUAUGGUACUGCAUUGAUAAGGUGUGGAGAGGCUCAGAAGCAGCUCGGUGAGGCAGAGAGGAAGUUUGUCCAAAGCACUAACAUUCACUUUCUCACUCCCCUGCGGAGUUUCACUGAGGGGGAAUACAAAGCCAUACAGAAUGAACGCAAGAUGUUGGUGAAUAAACGUUUGGACUUGGAUAUCACUAAAGCCAGGCUGAGAAAAGCCCACGAGGCUGACCAAGAGGCCAGAAACCUGAAUGCCAACCCACUGGAAGACGACUACUUGUCUCAUGUCUCCUACAUGUUCAGCUUCCUGCGUGUUAAAUGGCUAAAGAUCUGGGCUCAGGAAAUCUCUCAGGCAGAGGUGGAGCUGAGGAUUUGUCAGAGUCUUUUCAAUCGACAGUCAGAAAUCACAAGAGCUGUUGUGGAAGGACUCAGCAACACACAUACCAACCAUAUGCGGAGCCUCACUGACUUUGUGGAUGCUCAAGCUAGCUACUUUUCUCAGUGCAACCAACAUGCUCAGGAGCUGCAAAAACAGCUGGCCAGCAUUCCAGCAGUCUUCUGUUCCAAUAACUGGCAGUCUGCAAUUAGUAAUCCCGUUAGUCAGCCAUCAACAAGCAACCAUGAGGCAAAUGAACCCAUCAGUCCAAAUCACGUCACUCCGCUACCUGUGCUCGUCCAUCAGCUUCCAGAUUUCGACCAGGACUCGUGGACUUUAAGCUCACCACCCACAGCAGAUUCAUCUUUCAGUGCACUGCUGACUCACCACACAAAUAACAACAACAAUAACAACAUCAUCAUCUCCACCACCAGACAAACACCCAGCAAUCAUUCACCAAUCAACAGCCAGUCAACUACCGUUCGAGCGAUUGAUCAUGUCUCUGCACCAAACCAAACGGAUCAGCUCCAAGCACCCAGCAGGACGGCCAGGAUGUCUGAUGCUUCUCCUGCAUCUACCCAGGUACUAACAUUCAAUACAACAGCUUCAAUAAGCAAUGGUGCAGCAACAGCAGCCUCCCUGCCUUUACAACCCAGUGCAACCUGUAGCAUCAAUGAAGGAGAUGUCCAGGAGUCUUCGUCAGGCCAUCAGGAUGUGGAUAUAUGCACUGCAACCCAACAAAUCUUAAGGAAAAACAUCCAUAGGAACUCCAUCAUGCAUGUGUUUUGGAUCUGCCUGGUGCUGUGUACGGGUUCAUCGUUCUGUAUAAAUGACAUCGAGUAUGAAAGAAUUUAUGAAGACAGCUAUGACAAUGAGAUCCCCCUGGACCAACAGGAGGGUGAGUCUCCAACUGCACCAUGCCAAACAGAUUUCUCCCGCUGGGAUAAACUUUUUAUCGCUCUGGAGGACUCCCACAUGAGGCAAAACAUGCUCCUGGAAUCUGUGGAGCAGUGCUGCGGGGGAACAGCGUCUCUUAAGACCCAACUGGAGAAGCUGACGAAGGGGAUGUGUCAGCAGUGUGCACCCAGCUUGGAAGCAGCUUGCAGGGUACAUGCAGACCAGGCAAGUCUUAGGUUGCAAAAGGGCUUGGUCGAUCUCAGGGAUGAGGAGGAAGAGAGGGAAAGAAGAUUAAAUGCAACCUUGCAGAUGCUCCUACGUAGUAGGCACCAGGACGAUGCUUGGCUGAAGAGGCUAGAAGAAAUCAUUUCAUCUGCAUCUGCUGACAGCAGCAUGAGAGACCAGCCAACACCAAGACCUGACGGUUUGGGAAUGAAGCUCUUCACAUCUGGCCUGAAGGAGCAGGAACUGACCUCGCCGGUGGACAUAGUCACGGUGGAAAGUGCUCUGGGUGCCAUAGCAACAGAGCUUCAGAGGAUUCAUAAGCAGCUGAACAAAGUGAUAGAGCAGGUAGGCACGCUGGGAAAGGGCAGAGGAGACACAUGAAUUGCCCAAAGGAAAAAUAAAUAGUAAAAGCUUGACUGGAAAACUCAUAUUGCAGAUGAUGAUUUUGCACAUGUUGUUUGUAUUUCUACCGCUCUGCCUUUUUAUAAAGCCUCUGUUACACAUAAGAUAGUUUUUGUCUGGUGACAAUGAGUUUCAAUGUACCAUAAAUGUCAUGGGUUUGCUAUAAUGAAUAAAAAUUAACUAAACAACUGAGUCAGCCUCAUGGAAAGGUUUCCUCCCUCCUCCCACACAGUGUCACUUAAUUUUAAACUGUGUAUUUAUGUUCAUGUCCAUGCCCACUCUUUCAUUAGUCUAGGUUACUACAUGUGCUUUAUCUACAAGUGCCAAAGUUUGCACCACUUGCCUUGGUGUUUGUGUAGUUGUGGUGUGGUCUGCAAAUCCCCAAACCCACAAGGUGUGUCAGUGGUUUGGGAUUUUUAUUUAAUUCAUAGCAGGUCUCUCCCACUCAUUAGCUGCUUUAAAAGUGUCUGAAUAGAAAGAGGCCACGACUUACGAUGCUCAGAGUGUUUAUGAUUUGUGAAACCCUGCCAGAAGUAUUACACUGCCACCAGUGCCUCCUACAGCUUCGUACACACACACGUGGAUGGAUGCUCAUUAUUAAAAACCACAAAGACUGACUGUUGUUAUGGCUAGAGGGAGUUUCUGUAUACUUUACAGUGUCUGUGUAUCCGUUUUUGGUCUUAGAUCCUAUUUUCAUUCAUUUUUUUUAUGUACUUGCACUUCUGUUUGAAUGUUUUGUUAAGAUUAAAUAGGAAAUUAGGCAAAAGGUACAUC